AUGUUGGCUAAGUUUUUGUUUUUCUGCUGCGCUUGCGCAUUGGCGGCGGCGCGUCCUGGUUUGUAUGACGUCGGCUACGCUGCGCCUGCGUUCGCUGCUCCCAUCGCUCACACGGCGUAUGCACCGACCUAUGCAGCACCUGCUAUCGCCCAUACAUACGCGGCGCCAGCGAUUGCCCAUACAUACGCUGCUGCGCCUAUCGUGAAAGCUGUGGCAGCUCCGAUUGUUCGAGCUGAGCCGGUUGAUCCAAACCCCGCCUACAGUUUCUCAUACGGCGUAGCCGAUCCCGCAACUGGUGAUCACAAGGACGCUUCUGAGACGCUGCAAAAUGGCGUUGUUCAUGGUUCCUAUAGCCUGGUGGAGCCCGAUGGCCACGUGCGCAAGGUUACUUACACCGCAGACAAGAUUAAUGGCUUCAACGCUGUCGUGGAAAGGACUGGCGCUACAGCACAUGCGGUAGCUGCGCCUGUAGCCAAAGUUAUCGCUGCUCCAGCGCACGUUGCUGUUGCCGCCCCAGUCGCUAGAUACACGCUCCCAGCGGCCCACGUCGCCCACGUCGCACAUCCUUGGGGUUAA